GAUAAAUACCCACGCUAUCUACAGCUACCCAGCAAGCCGAAAUUUAAGUAUGUCAAAAUUGUUUUCUCUGUGUCUGCUCCUAUCAAUAUUCUUCAUUGCCCACUCUACUGUUCCUCCUUCUUCAACAUUUAAGUUCGUCAAUGAAGGAGAGUUUGGGCCAUACAUUUCGGAGUAUGUUCCAGAUUAUCGUCCACUGCCCAUAGGCACUUCCCCAUUCCAGCUUAUGUUUUAUAACACCACCCCUAAUGCAUACACUCUAGCUCUACGUAUGGGUACUAGGAGGUCAGAAUCAUUAACGCGCUGGGUUUGGGAAGCCAACCGAGGCAACCCAGUUCGCGAAAAUGCCACUCUUACCUUUGGAAAGGAUGGAAACCUUGUCUUAGCCGAUGCUGAUGGCAGGGUUGCUUGGCAAACCAACACUGCCAAUAAAGGUGUUGCUGGGUUCGAAGUGCUACCCAAUGGUAACAUGGUGCUUCAUGAUUCUAAGGGUAACUUUAUCUGGCAAAGCUUUGACUCUCCUACUGAUACUCUCUUGGUGGGACAAUCUCUUCGGGUUGGAGGUGCGACUAGACUUGUGAGUCGGGCCUCACAGAAGGAGAACUCUGAUGGCGCCUAUAGCCUGGUCAUGGAAUCCAAAAGAUUGGUUAUGUACUAUAAGAGUCCGAAUUCUCCUAAACAAUAUUUCUAUUACACGUUCAAUACACUCCAAGAUCGUCUACAAAAUGUGACUCUAAAUUGUAACCCAGAUAGUUAUGACAAUUCGGCCAGUGAGGUGACUUUGGAUUUAUCUUCUGGGGGUUGGAGCGUUCACGCCAGACCUAAAUUCAAUGCUACGCUGUCAUUUCUUAGAAUUGGGAUAGAUGGGAACCUUAGGAUCUACUCUUACAACAAUAAGGUGGACUACAUGGCAUGGGAUGUGAGCUUCAAUCUCUUCUCCAGGGAUGGUUUUCCAGAGAGUGAGUGCCAGUUACCAGAGAGAUGUGGUAAGUUUGGGUUGUGUGAAGACAGCCAAUGUGUUGCUUGCCCAUCACCAAGUGGUCUUCUAGGCUGGAGCAAGAAUUGCGAACCUGUAAAGCCACCCGCCUGUGGUUCUAAAGAUUUUUACUACUAUAAAUUAGAAGGCGUUGAUCAUUCCAUGAGCAAGUAUGCAAGUGGGAGCGUAGCAGUGAAGGAGGAUGACUGUGGAAAAAAAUGUUCAAGUGACUGUAAGUGUAUGGGUUACUUCUACAACAAGGAGACAUCCAAGUGUACGAUUGCUUAUGAUCUCCAAACCCUAACCAAGGUUUCAAAUUCUACACAUGUAGGUUACAUAAAGGCACCAAAACGUUAAGCCUUUUUGUUGACACUUCCAAGACUUUUAUGCCGUCCAGUAUAAUAAUAAAGUGGCAUUAUUCCCUCUA